GCCCCACGCAUUGUGUGUCACCCGACUAGAUCGACGCAUGCACACAAGUGACGACACAGGAAUGUACAUCGUUAAUCUUAAUCCCUAGAAGAUACUCAAAACAUACAUUAUGUAAAAUUGACCUAUGUGAUGUCGAACUGAAGAUCUUGGACAAUUAGCUAUGGAAAACAAAGCUUUUCAAGAAGAUGAUGGUAAAAAGUACGGAACGGUGGACAAUGGAACGCGACAGAGAACCUUCCCCAAUGGAACAGACAAUGAUGGCAGUCAUGAUUACGAGAAUGUUAAAGAUACAGGGGGAGUUAUCAUUGAACCCAUCAAAUUAAAGCGAUCUGUAGAUCUAAUAAGUGGUACUUCACUGAUAGUAGGAACUAUAAUUGGUUCUGGUAUAUUUAUUUCACCUACUGAUGUAUUGGACAGAACAGGAUCAGUCGGACUAAGUCUGGUGAUUUGGGUUCUUUCUGGACUUCUGGCGCUAUUGGGAGCUUUAUCAUACUCAGAACUUGGAACAAUGAUCCGAAAGUCUGGUGGAGAAUAUGCCUAUAUGAAGGAAGCAUAUGGUGACGUCAUGGCAUUUCUAUUCGCGUGGACUUCCGUUAUUGUAAUAAGGACAUCAUCGGUGGCCAUCAUAUCAUUGACGUUUGGAGAAUACAUGGCUACAUUCUUCCCCAUGUGUGGCUCUCCGGAAAAUAUAAAGAAACUCGUUGCCAUAGUUGUAAUAGUUACGAUUGCUGUAGUAAACUGUAUUGACACAACAUUGGCGGCAAGGAUGCAGGUCUUCUUUACCGGUGCCAAACUAAUAGCUCUGAUGAUUAUUGUUGUUGGAGGAUUGAUUCGACUGGGACAAGGUCAUGUUUCACAAUUUCAAGACUCCUUUAAAGGAAGUGAGACGAACCCGUCAUCAAUAGCCCUGGCCUUUUACAAUGCACUGUGGGCAUACGAUGGAUGGAAUAACUUAAAUUAUGUCACAGAGGAAAUAGAAGAUCCUAAAAAAAACCUUCCGAGGGCAAACAUUAUAGCAGUACUACUUGUUACUAUUGUGUAUAUACUUACUAACAUAUCGUAUCUAACAGCCAUGACAGCGGCAGAACUACUUUCUGUGGACGCAGUAGCAGUCACAUGGGGAGACAGAGUUUUAGGGGGAGCAGCUAUUCUCAUGCCCUUAGCAGUUUUAUUUUCAACUUUUGGAGCUGCUAAUGGUACCCUAUUCAGUGGAGGAAGAGUUGUGUACGUAGCCAGUAGAGAAGGUCAUUUACCCGAAGUUUUGUCGUAUGUACAUUGUAAACGGGUCACACCAAUGCCGUCCAUUGUUUUUACAGCUUUAAUUAGCAUCGCCAUGGUGAUACCAGGAAAUAUAGGAAGUUUGAUUGACUUCUUCAGUUUUACAGCAUGGCUGUUCUACGGUGGAACAGUUGGUUCUCUUAUACUAUUAAGAUUUACAAGAAAGGAUUUAGAAAGACCUUUAAAGAUACCGAUUAUAAUACCUAUAGUAUUUGUGUUGAUCGCUUGUUACUUGGUUAUUGGACCAAUUGUUCAAGAUCCAAAGAUUGAAUUCCUGUACGCCUUUCUCUUUGUUAUUGGUGGACUUUUGUUUUAUAUUCCUUUUGUGUUCUUCAAAAUAGAACUGAAAAUAUUUGCAAAAGUAACAGAAUUUUGUCAAUUGCUAUGUGAGAUAGUGCCUAGCCCGUAUGAGCCUGAUGAUUAACAUCUGCAUACCAACAUUUGAUCACAAUGUGCAAUCUUCGACUGAACAUUGAUUGUACACUAAAUUCAAUGUAACAUCUUAUAAAUGAAUAUUAUCAUAAUUUUAAUACAUUUAGUUUAUUCAAUUCGAUUUAACCUAUAUUCAUUAUUCAUAAUCGUGGAGGACAAUCCCCUCAACAACCCCAUUUUGCAUCAUUAUUUGACGUUGUUUUUGAGGAAGAUAACGGUUUUGUAGGACUAGCUUUAAAGAUGAUAUUUUUAUGUUUUAUCAUUGAUAAAUUCUAAAAAAAGAAAAAAUAUUUUGGUAAAUAUUGUCUAAGUAUUUGUCAUGUAUCUUUGCCAUUUUGUUUAUGUCAUUGUUUAUAUUAUCCCAUAUCGAUUUCCCUCAAGGUAUAAUUGUCCCUUUUAGCAUGUUAUUUUAAAUAUUAUCCCGUAACUAAGUCAUAUAUGCACUUUUUAGUAUGUCAUCUUUUUUUAUUACACUAUAUCUAUUUUUGCGAAGCAUAUAUUUGAGGCAAGAUCUAACCCUGCUGCAUAUUUUGCACUGUCUCAAGUCAGGUACCUCUAACCUGUAUGCUUUUAUGAUUUUAAUUCAUAUAUUUGCUUGGAGUUAAAUGUGACGUCCGUUUUCGCUGAACUAGUAUGUACUUUUGUAUCAAGGCCAGCUCAAACCAGCCUUCUGAUCGGGUUUCCUCACUGUGUCGAAGAUCCAUUGGUGGCUUUCUGUUUUUCAAUCGGGUUGUUGUGUCUCUGUCUCUGUCUCUGUCUCUUGUCGCCGUUUCCAUUUUCAACUUCAUAUAUACCCUUUUGAGCAUGACUUUUUUUAGAUAUCAUCUUGUAUUAAUGUUCUUCAAGGCAUUUAUAAAAGUGAGGUAUUUAGCAAAUAAGUUUGUUUAAACUGACAACGUCUGUCUGAAACUUGCUAAGAAGUCUGAGCUGGAUACCCCAAGUCCCCUAUUUCCACAAUAAAACAGUAGAAUAUGUACAAAGGCGUCUGACUGUUUUAUCUUUGAAAUCAUUUAGGACAGAUGUUGAUUAUCCUUUGUACGUGU